CCGGCAGCACAGGCACCGCCUCCCGUCUUCCGGGACCCGGCACGUCUAGGGGUUCCGGGCGCCGGAGACCGCGGGGCUCCCAUGGAGGCCACCUCGCCGGCGGGAUCCGCCCGCCCGCAGCCGCACGCGCAGGGAGCAGCGAGCGAGUCCGCCACCCUGCUGCGCCGGAUCAAGGACAAACUCUUCACCUGGAAUAUUUUGAAAACAAUUGCCCUGGGUCAGACGUUGUCCUUGUGUAUAUGUGGGACAGCCAUCACCAGCCAGUAUUUGGCAGAAAGAUACAAGGUGAAUACCCCCAUGCUUCAGAGCUUUAUCAACUAUUGCUUGCUGUUUCUAAUUUAUACAGUGAUGCUGGCAUUUCAAUCAGGUAGUGAUAACCUUUUAUACAUCUUGAAAAAGAAAUGGUGGAAGUACAUCCUGCUUGGACUAGCAGAUGUAGAAGCUAAUUACCUGAUUGUCAGAGCAUACCAGUACACAACUCUAACCAGUGUCCAGCUUUUGGAUUGCUUUGGGAUUCCUGUGUUGAUGGCUCUCUCGUGGUUUAUUCUUUAUGCAAGAUACAGAGUGAUCCACUUCAUCGCUGUAGCUGUCUGUCUGUUGGGCGUAGGAACUAUGGUUGGUGCAGACAUAUUAGCAGGGAGGGAAGACAAUUCAGGUAGUGAUGUACUGAUUGGUGACAUCUUGGUCCUUCUUGGGGCUUCCCUCUAUGCUGUUUCUAAUGUGUGUGAAGAAUACAUCGUGAAGAAGCUGAGCAGACAGGAGUUUUUAGGAAUGGUGGGCUUGUUUGGAACAAUUAUCAGUGGCAUACAACUAUUGAUUGUGGAAUAUAAGGAUAUUGCCAGCAUUCACUGGGACUGGAAAAUUGCCCUGCUGUUUGUAGCAUUUGCCCUCUGUAUGUUUUGCCUGUACAGCUUCAUGCCACUGGUGAUUAAAGUCACUAGUGCCACUUCUGUCAACCUGGGCAUCCUGACAGCUGACCUCUACAGUCUCUUCUUUGGACUCUUUCUGUUUGGCUAUAAGUUUUCAGGACUCUACAUCCUCUCUUUCACCGUCAUCAUGGUGGGGUUCAUUCUGUACUGCUCCACCCCGACACGCACUGCAGAACCGGCUGAAAGCAGCAUGCCACCAGUCACCAGCAUUGGAAUUGACAACCUGGGACUGAAGCUUGAGGAGAACCUCCAGGAAGCCCACUCUGCAGUCUUGUAGCUGGAGAAGAAGGCACACACAUACACCUGGGGUUUCCUGGGAAGCUGGAAGCUGUCACCUGGAUAAAGCAGAGCCUACUGCCUUGGGAUACUUGGAAAAGUAUCAGACUCAGAGUGAAUACUCUAGCAUUGGAUUGGAUCCAGUGGUUAGAUUUUACAAAGCAAUACAAAAUAAUGUAUCAAAAGUAGAAAUUCCAAAAUAGGGCAGAAGCCAAGGCCAGAAUUGUGUUUCUGUGUGUUUGAGGGCCAAUACCUAUUAGUGUCAGGGAGACAAGGAAUGGGGCCCACACUGGGGUCUUAGAGGUACAAGUAGGAAAGCAGGAUUGGAUAGAUACCUGGGUGUGAGCCAGCCUCAGGACAGAGCCUGAAAGCAGGCUGUCCAGGCUGGGCUGAGUAGUCAGGAGGAGGGGCAGCCCAGGAUGGUUUUGGAGUAGGUUUCCUCAUUUGGAGGCAUCUGAGUUUUGUUCUGCUGAGGCAGUUAUUGUCCUUCUAUAAGUCCUGUGGCCUUUAGGCCACUAGAUGAGGUCUGGUGACUGAUUGCACAUGUUGGGAACAUGGGUGGGGCAGUACUUGAGUAAUCCUGAGAUACAACUGUGAGUACCAUAGAAGCCGUAAAGUAAAGUACAGUAAACCAAGGAACCUUCUCCCAAUUGUUAUUAUGCCACUUCUUAGCAAAUAAUGUGCCAUGAGAUUUUAUGAUACUUCUUCAAUACAGAGUGUUAAUAUGUAGCAUCAUUAUGAUAUCAACUACUAGUAUGCCACUUUACAAAAACUCUGUAUGUAAACUUUUUUAGGUAAAAAUAUAAUAAAGGAAUUGAGGGUAA